AGGGAAAUUUCUGACAAAGAGGACAGCUCAAGUAAUAGGGUCUCUCGUCAUGCAAGUAUGAAGCAUGGUGCUGUUUUUGCUAGUGGAUCAAAGACAAACAAGACAGGCUACUCUGAUAAGAAUGCUUCAAUACCCUCAACGAUUGCAACUACACCAAGUAGCAAUUAUAAAGACGAUUAUGAAGAUUUUGAUCCUCGUGGGACUUCAACUGCUAUCUACUGCAGUGGGAAGUUCUAGCCAAGUAGAUCUUUUCGGGGGAAGUUUGGUUGGUAACCUCUUGGAUACAGCUUCUGUAUCUUCUUCAUCAGAUAAGGCCACCGUAAAGAAUGAACAAAAAGAAGUUGAUUUAUUUGCAGAUGCAGCUUUUGUAACUGCUAUCACUCGGUCCGAAACAGGGGGGGAGUUCUCAGGCUCCUCAGGUGGGCAUUGAUCUGUUCUCCCAAUCUGAAGCGACAGGAAGCUCUCAAGCUGAGGUGACUAUUCUAUCGCAUGUCCUUUUUUGGUUCAGAUUACUGUGGUAUUCAGAUUUUUAUGUUGAAGAUGAAAAGUGUGAUCAGUCUGAUCACCUAGAUUACAGUGGUGAGGUUUUAGACCAUUCUGGUUUUAUCCUUUCUAAUCACAACUUAAGUACUCCGUAUCACAUUUUGUGAAGCAAAUAACUUACCAGACACUUG